UACAAUGGCUCCCAAACGUCCCAACUUUCUCGUUGUCGUCGCUGAUGACCUUGGCUUCUCCGAUGUUGGCUGCUUUGGAGGUGAAAUCAGAACUCCCAACAUCGACCGUAUUGCUCAUAAUGGAGGCAUUCGAUUCACAGACUUCCACGCAGCCGCAGCUUGCUCACCAACUCGUGCCAUGAUCAUGACCGGAACCGAUCAUCACAUCGCAGGCCUCGGUAACCUUAUCGAAUGGACCAACAUCUCUGGUCAGAACGGUCCUAAAGGCUCCCAGAUGAGCACUGCUCCACAGCGUGGAAUGCCUGGGUACGAGGGCUAUCUCAAUGAACGGGUCGUCGCCCUCCCAGAGCUGCUACGAGAUGCCGGUUACCACACUCUCAUGGCCGGCAAGUGGCAUCUCGGUCUCACCCCUGAACGAACUCCUUAUAAGCGUGGCUUUGAUCGUUCGUUUGCUCAUCUUCCUGCUUGCUCCAACCACUACGCCUAUGAGCCCCAACUACAAGGCUCGGACGAGACCCCAACCUUCCUCGAAGCUAGUUACAUUGCACUGCACACGGAGGAUGACCACUACGUUCGCAAACUUCCUGAGGGCUGGUACUCGUCUGACGGCUAUGGUGACAAGAUGGUCCAAUACCUCGAUGACUGGCACAACAAGGACGAUGACAGCCGCCCCUUCUUCGCUUAUCUCCCCUUCACCGCACCCCACUGGCCCCUACAAGCUCCCCGUGAGUACAUCGACCACUACCGUGGCAUCUACGACGACGGACCGGAUGAGCUUCGACUUCGUCGUCUCCAACGACUCAAGGACCUAGGCAUGGUCCGCUCCGACGUCGAACCGCACCCCGUCAACGCAGAAGAAGUCAAAGAGUGGGCCGACUACACCCCCGAAGAAAAGAAGAAAUCCUGCACUGCAAUGGAAGUCUUCGCCGGAAUGGUCGAAUGCAUCGACGCCAACGUCGGCAAAGUCGUCGACUACCUCGAACGCAUCGGCGAACUCGACAACACCUUCGUCUGCUUCAUGUCCGACAACGGCGCCGAGGGCGCCGCCUACGAGGCCUACCCACUCGUCCAGAGCGGCGUCAUGCCUCACCUACAACAAUACUACGACAACAGCCUCGAGAACCUGGGCAACGGUAACUCGUUCAUCUGGUACGGUCCGCGCUGGGCGCAGGCCGCUACCGCCCCAUCCCGUCUAUACAAGGCCUACACGACCGAGGGCGGCGUCCGCGUCCCCUUCCUGGCCAAAUUCCCCAAAAGCGUCCACGUCGCUGACCAAGCCCGCGGAAUCACCGACCAAUUCGCAACCGUCAUGGACCUGGCCCCGUCCAUCCUCCACAUGGCAGGUGUCUCGCAUCCAGCUCCGACCUACAAUGGCCGUGAGGUCGUGCCCAUGCGCGGCAAGAGCUUCGUCGACUGGGCCACGGGCGACUCAGAGCGCAUCCACGCAAAGGACUUCAUCCAGGGCUGGGAAACGUGCGGCCGGGCCGCGCUGCGCUACGGCGACUGGAAGAUCGUGUACAUUCCCAAACCCAAAGGCCCAGAAAAGUGGCAGCUGUACAAUCUUGCCGAUGACCCGGGUGAGAUUCAUGACCUUGCCGAGGCCGAGCCGGAGCGGCUGCAGCAUCUGCUGAAACUCUGGGAUCAAUAUGUCAUUGAGACUGGUGUAAUUCCGCUGAACCCUGAUCUGGGUGACUUUCUUGAGGCCACUGAGGCGCAGAUGCCGGAGAAUGCGUGGAUGGAGUAUGAUUACUGGAAAAAGGGAGCGAGAGAUGACCCGAGCAAGUUUAUGCGCGAGCCAUUGCGGCUUGAGAGGGUGGUGAAGCCGUUUUAA